AUGGCGCAUUUACUGAAAUACUCGGUAUUUAACUUCGAGGAUUACGCUCGCCAUGAGUCCAUCUACAAGGGCCUAGCGGAGUUCUUCAAGAAGCAAACAGAGCACCGCCCAUCAACCCUUGACAACCCAGAGUUACUGAAUGCGUACCCGGAGGAUGCCGUCCCUCAACUAGACAGGUGUCAUGCCGAAACCCUCCAUGUGGAGAUGAUCCAAUGCCUUCUUUCAAGUUUAACCUUAUUGGACCACACCGGACAAUCACAAAUAUUCGAAGAACAGGCCGUGACUGUCGAAGAGCCCUCGAAAAAAAUCACAGUUGUCUGUCUAGGGUCAUUCUAUCCCGAAACCAUCGCCUUACCAGACAAUCCGAAGAAUGCACACAAGACUCUCCUUUUGAAAAAGGCUAUAUCCGAAACCAAGGAUUCCGCGUGGCGCUCAUGCUCUCCUUUCAUGAGUCGCAUUCUCGAGAUCAUGCGUGCGUUCUCUGGUCAGCCAAAUCAUUACAAAGAGCAAUACCCCAUACCACCUCCUCCCGUACAGAUAUUCCAGUACAUCUUACGGAAGUACCUUGGACUCCGAUUCUCAGAGGAUGCAUUUGAGUCAGAGGAUCUUGACGCCCCACAUCAUCUCUUUGUGCAUCAUCUAGAGAUGGGACAUCUUCUUUUGGACGGGUGGCGUGAAGUGGUUCCAACAUUGUUUGACCUGGACGACGGUACCGAAUACGAAGCAUACUACGCCUGA